ACAAAACAUUUCGGCGACAUCCGACAUAAUUCGCAGUCGCCAUCUUUGCUUCAAUCUUUCAGUCGCCUACAGAUUUGCGGGCGUUUCAUCGCCGAUUUUCAAUGUUUUGCUCAAAUAAAGCGUUAUUGUUCUGUUCGAAAGCAACGUAAAAAAGUUUCUCGUGUAUUGCGUAACAGUUAAAUGUGAAAAUGAGCUUUUUCGGAUUCGGACAAACCGCGGAUAUCGAAAUUGUGUUCGAUGAUGCUGACAAACGGAAGGUUGCCGAAGUUAAGACGGACGAUGGUAAAAAGGAGAAGUUGUUGCUUUACUACGACGGCGAGACCGUGUCGGGGAGAGUUAACGUGACGCUGCGGAAGCCGGGAUCAAAACUGGAACACCAAGGAAUAAAAGUUGAGUUGAUCGGUCAGAUCGAAUUGUUCUAUGACAGAGGUAAUCACCACGAAUUCAUAUCGUUGGUGAAGGAGCUAGCGCGACCUGGCGACUUGUUGCAGCAUACGUCGUACCCGUUCGAGUUCGCGAACGUCGAGAAACCGUACGAAGUUUACACAGGAGCAAACGUCAGACUGAGGUACUUCUUGCGUGCGACGAUCGUCCGACGGCUCACAGACGUCGUCAAGGAGGUAGACAUAGCCGUCCACACGCUAUGCAGCUACCCAGACGUCUUAAAUUCCAUAAAAAUGGAGGUUGGAAUCGAAGAUUGCCUACACAUAGAGUUUGAGUACAACAAAUCAAAGUACCACCUCAAAGAUGUGAUAGUAGGUAAGAUAUACUUUCUCCUUGUCCGUAUAAAGAUAAAGCACAUGGAAAUAUCCAUCAUAAAGAGGGAAACCACUGGUUCUGGCCCCAAUACCUUUACAGAGAAUGAAACUGUAGCCAAGUAUGAGAUAAUGGAUGGAGCACCAGUCAGAGGUGAGAGUAUUCCUAUAAGAGUGUUUCUAGCAGGUUAUGACCUUACACCAACGAUGAGAGAUAUCAAUAAUAAAUUCUCAGUGAGGUACUACCUGAAUUUGGUUCUCAUGGACACUGAGGAUAGACGUUACUUCAAACAACAAGAAGUAACUUUAUGGAGGAAGAGUGAUAAAUCACGGUUGCCUUUACAUAAUCCUCACCAUCCACAAAAUCUAACAUCUGGGACACCUCAAAGGCAACUGAGUGCAUCUAGUGAAGAGAACUCUGCGAGAGGUAUCACACCAACAAUACCAGAGAGUGCACUUCAGAGGUCCAUAUCACCUCCCAUGCCUAACACAGAAACACAUAAUGGCCCAACACAAAUGGAGCAAGAAGAACCUGACAUAUUACCACCCAAACUGGCAAAUACACACAUUCAACACAACGAACCAGAAAAACCAGACAUUGCCAACGAUAAACCAAUUGAACGACCAAAGGUUGUAGAAAAACCACUUGAUAAACCGCAACUAGAAGAACCGAUACCAGAAAAGGUGCCAGAGAAGCCCCAGGUUUCUGAAAAACCACCAGUAGUUGUAAAGCCCGCUGUUGAAAAACCGGUUGCAGAGAAAAUUGCUGUUGCAGAAAAACCAUUGUUAGCAGAAAAACCUCUGUUAACAGAAAAACCGUUGUUAGCAGAAAAACCGUUGUUAACAGAAAAACCGUUGUUAACAGAAAAACCAUUGUUAGCAGAGAAACCACAAGUUGCAGAGAAGCCUGUUGUGGCCGAAAAGCCUGUGUUGUCUCGACCAGACAGUGUGGAAGCCACUCCAAGUCAAUAGCCUAUAUGUACAUGUGCGGUCACCUUAUCAGUGACCGACGAAAUGAACUAUGUGUUUUCUUACAUGAAAACCGUUGUUUAGAGCAAAGGUUCACUCAAACAGUUGCAGUUUGCUUAGAAUUAUUUUUUAACGCAAAUUGAGUUAAUGAA